CAAUGAGAGUGGCCGAAGUGUGGAUGGACGACUACAAAAAUUAUUUCUAUGAGGCAACAAAUUACCAAACUGUAAGUCAGCUUCUCAUAUCACGUUAUACAAUUCUACUACACACGCAAAUGUGUCCACAGGAAUUUUUCCAAAAUGGGGGGGGGGAGUCAACAAGCUUCUGAAUUCUUUUUCAUAAUAUGAACAUAUAAACAAGAGCAAAGAGUGUAAGUAAGCCUAUAUAUAAAUUGUAGCAAAAUUUUUAAAUUACAGUUUUUUUAACAAACACAAAACUAAUUUUAAAGUAAAAAAUCAUUUCUUGACAUAAAUUAGUUAGCUUUUAUAUAAUGAUGUAAACUAUACAAGUAAUAGACCCACAUAUUGCUUGAUAUUGUUUAAUUACAAUAUUUGAGUAUUAAUAAUUACUUCCUCAUCUAUCUCCAUCAGUUGAUUGUGGUUUCUUUUUCAGUUUCUUUGUCAUUUCCUCAAUCUAUCUCCAUCAGUUGAUUGUGGUUUCUUUGUCAUUUCCUCAUCUAUCUCCAUCAGUUGAUUGUGGUUUCUUUGUCAUUUCCUCAUUUAUCUCAAUCAGUUGAUUGUGGUUUCUUUGUCAUUUCCUUAUCUAUCUCCAUCAGUUGAUUGUGGUUUCUUUGUCAUUUCCUCAUCUAUCUCCAUCAGUUGAUUGUGGUUUCUUUGUCAUUUCCUCAUUUAUCUCAAUCAGUUGAUUGUGGUUUCUUUGUCCUUUUCUCAUCUAUCUCCAUCAGUUGAUUGUGGUUUCUUUGUCAUUUCCUCAUCUAUCUCCAUCAGUUGAUUGUGGUUUCUUUGUCAUUUCCUUAUCUAUCUCCAUCAGUUGAUUGUGGUUUCUUUGUCAUUUCCUCAUCUAUCUCCAUCAGUUGAUUGUGGUUUCUUUGUCAUUUCCUCAUCUAUCUCCAUCAGUUGAUUGUGGUUUCUUUGUCAUUUUCUCAUCUAUCUCCAUCAGUUGAUUGUGGAUCUGUGAGAAGUUUAACGAAUAUCACAAAUGAACACCUGUAAAUGUGUUUCCACGUCCACGACGCCAGCCUCCACUCUGAUCAUGCACAUUUUCGCUGUCACUGUUUUUGAAACGAAGUGGGAUGUCGUGUGUCCCGAAGAAAAUGAUUGUGGAUAAUAUCGGCAAAAGCUUUUUUCGAUUUUCUAAAACCUUAUCAGAAAUAAAUGUGUCUAUUUGAGUUAGAAUAUAUUUGCGAGGAUUCACUUCAGAAUGACUGUCUACGAAUCGCUAGCUCUACUACCCGUGUGUUACGCACGAUUAUAAGUGUAGAGAAUCUAAUUUCUUAUUUUACUAUAUGGUUCGUGUCAAAAGACAAUAAUAAUAAUAAUAAGAGGUCUUAUAUAGCGCGAAACCCCAGCCUAGGGCUGGGAUCACCGCGCUGUACAUACAAAUUUUUAUCAAAAGAAACAUAAUCAUGACUAAUGAGCGCAUAACAUAACAAUGCAAUUACAAUACUGUAAUAAAGAAAUGAUACCCAAACUAGCGCUAAUUACAAUUAAUAAUUUAUUAAGCUAAUUUAAAUUUAAAAAAUCAAAAAGAUUUAAAAUUAAGGCUAUUGACUUACAGAACAGUAAUCCACGCAAGCAGGGUCAUGCUAAAGGUCAUAUUGAACCAACUAAAACCAUAUACAGACAAAAUCAUUGCUGAAGAACAGGCCGGCUGAAGACAAGUACGGGGCACUACUGAGCAGAUCCUAAACCUUCGAAUACUGUGUGAGAAAUACGCUCAAAACCAACAAAACCUAUACCACGUCUUUGUGGAUUUCAAGAAGGCAUAAGACAGAGUUUAGCAUGCUGCUUUAUGGGCCAUCAUGAAGAACUACAACAUCAACACAAACCUAACUAGAAUUAUAUGCAGCCUCUAUGAUAAGGCCACCAGUGCAAUUUUCUUCAACAAUAACAUCGAAGAAAAGUUCAAGAUCACGGUUGGAGUACUGACAGGGCUGCUUGCUGUCCCCCACCCUGUUCAACAUCUUCUUGGAGAGGAUUAUGUCAGAUGCACUGGAAGCGCAUGUAGGGACAGUCAGCAUUGGUGGCACAACAAUCACCAACCUAGGUUUGGCGGACGACAUAGAUGGAGUGGCUUGAAACGAAAAAGAGCUAGCCAAGCUCUUAGAGCGUCUCGACAAUACUUCAUCGUCCCUUGGCGUGCAGAAAAGUUAAAAUUGAUAUUAAGCAACACCACCGGCAUCUAAACUGAAAUUAAGAUCGGGGUGGAACAUUAGAUACAGUAGGCAGUUGAAAAUACCUGUAAGAAAUAGUCUCGGAAGAAGCCUCCAAGCGCGAAUUGAUGUCCAGGAUUGCCCAGACCACAACAGCACUAAAGAGGCCUAAGAAAAUAUGGAAUGACACAAAUAUAGCCCCCAGCACCAAAAUCAGGCUGAUGCGCUCAUUAGUCCUCUCCAAUUUCUUGUAUGCCUGGGAGUCCUGGACCUUAAAAGCAGAGCUUGAAAGAAAAAUAAAGGCGACGGAGAUAAAAUGUGUCAGAAACAUAUCUGCUAUAGAGACCAUAGCUCUAAAGAACCAGUAAGAGAAAAGAUUCGUCAAGCACUUGGCAAUAUGAUGACCACCUGGUGACUGUAAACAUGCGGAAACUGGAAUGGUAGGUCCACGUGACAAGAAAACAAGGGCUCACAAAAGUAAUCAUGCAAGGCACAAGGAGAGAAGGAAGAAGAAGAGGAAGACAGAGAAAAAGAUGGGGAGAUAAUCUCAGAGCGGGGACGGGAUUAAAACUAGGCGAUGUUGUACCAAGUGCAGAAACAGAGAGGAGUGGAGCAGGAUAGUUUUCCUGUCAUUUGUGGCGCCCCAACGGUCCAAGGACUAAGGGACAUGAUGAUGACAGUAAUGAGCUUGUACCGGUACAAUGUUGAAGUAGUUGUGCACACAGAGUAAAUAUUAAUAUACAAACCUUUGUCUCGUAUCUUCAAAGCAAAACUCUCUUGUAGUGCCUUUUAAGAUUUCUAAUUCGAAAGAUAAUAGAUUGUUUUUACUUGCAGUCAAAAUGGAGGGAUAGUAUUUAUAAUUAAACCACUUCCAUCGAGAGAAUCUAACUUUCUAUUCCACUGUUUCUAUUAUGUCAUUGAAAUGAUCAUAUUAACUUUUUGAUAUAACAGGUAGAUUACGGCAAUGUGACAGAUCGUAAAAUUCUGCGAAAGGGGUUGAAAUGUCACAACUUUGAGUGGUACCUGAAAAAUGUCUUUCCUGAACUUGUUAUACCUCACGGGAUAGAUUAUGUAGGCGAGGUAGGUAGUUGUUAAACAAGUAUAAAUAUAUAUAUAUAUAUAUAUAGAUAUAUAUGUAUAUAUAUAUAUAUAUAUAUAUAUUUAUAUAUAUACUGUUUUUCGUAAUCUUAGAAAAAUAAAGUUAUCAGUUAAAACUGUUUCAGUUAGACUAAUUUAGAAGUCGGUCAGAUAAAAAAUAAUUACUUAAGUUGCUGGCAUAAUGUUUUCGCUGCUACUUCACACAUCAAUUGGUUAAGAUUUUCUUUACUUUCUUUUUCGGUUUCUUUAAUGAAAAAUUGUUUAUGUCACAUAAACUUUUUAGAUAAGAUUUUACCAAAAGGAGCCUUGCUAUUUUAUUUCCCGUUCAUAAAGUUUUCUACCAUUCUACAUUUCCUGUUCAUCUAUUUUCUUCCCACCACAAGAUUAGGAAUGUAUCAGCCCCUUAAUUUUUUUUUGAUAGUGAACUCAAAGUCUGCGCCCAUUUAUUAUGUAUGGAUUCCAUGAAUUAGGAAAUAAUCCGCUGUGGUAUUUUAACAAUAAUCAUCGAAUCUCAUCACUAUGUACCUUUUCCCACCUCAGAUAAGAGGUGUAGCGGCCCCAAAAUGUUUGGAUGGUGGUUCCAGUCCUGAGCCUGCACUCUUUAUGUAUCGGUGUCAUGGACAAGGCAAUGAUCAACUGUGGUACUUUAACAACAAUCAUCAAAUCUAUCGGGAAAACAUUUUUCUCUGUGUCAAAAAUGGAUCAACUGUCCUUGAAUGGAACAAAUGCUCUUCUCGGGGAAACUGGAGGUAUCAAGAGGUAAUUCAAUGAAUUGCACCGAAAGCUUUGUCAAUAAAUUACACCUUCAGUUUCUGUAUCAAUUGGGAUCAAUCAAAAAUCAAUUUAUUUAUUAUAAUCAAGUCAAUUUAAAACGUAAUUAAUUACACAAAAUAAUCAAAUAAAUUGUGUGAAGGGUUUACAUGACACAUAUUAUAUCGUGUGAACAAUGCAAAUCUUGAGAUGUUAUAUAUAUGUAUAUAUUUUUAUAGAUUAAUAUAUUUAAGAAUGAGCUAUGCAGACGUAACGCCAAAGAACCGAAACGAUUUAAAUACGUUCGGAUUCUUAAAAACAUAUAUAGUUAUUUUCCAUUAUUUUACGGAAAUUGAAUUAAUUUAAAUGCGCAAAAAAUAACAUAAAUACGCUUUUAUUUUAGUAAAAGUUUUAGUAGUAUUAUUAUAAAUUACAAAAAUAUUUAAAGUAACAACUAAGGAACUAUUUUAAGCAGUUUAUUCCAAUUUAAAAGUUAUGGGAGAAAAUCAUAAUAAAAUUAUGAUCUAACAAUUACAUAGUAUUCACAUUUAUUGGGAAAACCCAAACAUGACAAGAUACGCCUUAAAAUAAAGGAAUGAAUUUUUUAAAUAAUUAACCUUCUUUGGUGCAUACAUAUCGGAGAUAGGACAAAGGAUGUGAACAUUUUUACGUGGAUGACAAUAUAUUUAAUUCCUAUGGUAUUAUAUGUGUGAAAAAAAGAGAUGUUACAUUCUCUCUUUACAAAAAACCAUAUGUUUACCAAUUAAGAAAAUGAUGACGUUAACAAAUCUUGGUUAAACUUAUAUAAGUAUAUCCAUGAAUUUCAAAACCUAAUCAUUUUACACACUUGAAAAAUUAAUUUGAAAAAAAGAGAUGGGAUAUUAAUUGUGACAUAAAGAAUUGUUGAAUGAUAUCAUUAAAGCGUCAAGAAAUCAAACGACAUUUAAGAUCAAUUGAAAGAUCUUAGAAAUGAUAACAAGAAAUGUCAAAAUAUAUUACACGUCUGAUACAGUGAUCUCACAAGUUCCUGAAUCAAGCAAUGAUUUCAUGAUUGCCUUCUUACUUUUUGUUUCUAAAUACUGGAGUAAUGGUUAUUCUGGUACAAAGCAACUGUACACAGGAAACAUCAAGGGCCUAAAGCUGCUGCAUCGCAUUUUGCUAACAACUGAAAUAUUUUUUGAGUGCAACCAAUGCAUAUUGUUUUCUUUCCAAGAAUAGUUUUAGCUCCAUCAUGCAACUCGCUGCUUGGUCUCCAUCAUACAACACUGCCGCUGGGUCUCCAUAUUGCAACACUGCCACUUCGUCUCCAUCAUACAACACUGUCAUUCUAAAUAUUUGAAAAUACCGCAUCAUUCAUGCUUAUGCAAGCAUAAUUUUUAAAAAUCUAAAGAACAAAUAUUUGCUCACGUCGGUAUCGAUCUACAGACUGCAGUGUUCUCUCAUGGUCAGCUCUUAGAUACAUUUUCAAGAUCCAGGAACCAAGCACAAGAUUAAAGCUUUUACAGAAAUCUACAUCAGACCCAGCGUCUGGGAGAUGGUCACAUGUCUCGCAAUGUAGUUGUCCCAUGAAACAUGUCAGAACUAAAAAUAAUUUAACUAUUUUUUCAUAAAUAUAAAUUGUCUUAAAUGUGUGUAGGUUUAAAUUGUGCUCCCCCCCCCCAAUUCCGUCAAGUUCUGGCGCCUUGGGCACCACGGGAUAACCUAGUAAUUUUAUAAACUAAAUAAUUUUUGAAAACUCCAUUCCGGGAACAUUGCGGAAACAAAACACUGGAAGCCCUUGUACAUCCAAAUAAAAUCAAUUUCAUACUCUAGGCUUCAUGCAGUGAUCAGACUGGAAUAAAUGCGAUCUGUGGACUUAUUAAUUAAUAUCGCAGAAUACAUGUUUGCAAAGACAAAAUGACCUUGGAUUUUAUUUUUAGCGCCAGGAAUCUAUUUUUUUAAAAUAAAUUCUUGACCGAAAAAAAACCACAAUCCAGUCCUGGUCGUUUUUUUUUUACAUCAAUCAAUUGAUUCUGAUUGACCGUUAUUGAUUACUGAACACACAAAUCUCAUCAGUUAGCUGAUCCUGAUGAAGCGUUAUUAAAAACUGUACAUAUAAAACUCAUCAAUCAGCUGAUUCUGCCAUACCGUUAUUGAUUACUGUAAAUACAAAACUCAUCAAUCAGCUGAAUCUGCCAUACCGUUAUUGAUUACUGUAAAUACAAAACUUAUCAAUGAGCUGACUCUGAUGUACCGUUGUUAAUUACUGUGAAUACAAAACUCAUCAAUCAGCUGAUUCUGAUGUACCGUUAUUGAUUACUUUAAAUACAAAACUCAUCCAUCAGCUGAUUCUGAUGUACCGUUGUUAAUUACUGUGAGUACAAGACUCAUCAAUCAGCUGAUUCUGAUGUACCGUUAUUGAUUACUGUACAUAAAGAACUGUACAAUAUGGGACCAUAUAUGUAUUCUAUGCAAUGAUCCCUAUAAGCGGCCGAGCAGCUAACUCACAGACGUUGCGCAGCAGUUUUGAGUAUACGCGCAGCAAAUUUCCAUUAAAGUGUGUGUUUUUGUUUGUGGGCUGUAAAAUUUUGCACACACAACUGUACGAUUUUGCACACGAACCAGCAAACAUUAGAGGGAACAUUGACUCUAUGCACUAACUUCUUUAAGGAAUGUUUAAGUGGGAGUGUUCAAGUAUCCGGACAAUAUGUUACCCGAACUCGCCAUGGUUCCAAAUAGUUCGGAAAAUUGACGCUUUUUUAGAAUUAAUAUCUUCUCUUUCUGCAAAAGUUAUAUAAUUUACCAUUUUAUUCACAUACUUCAUUCACCUGAUAUUGGUAUCAUUUCCUUCUCAGGACAAAAGUUUGGUCUACUUACCAACAAAUGAAUGUCUCAUUGCCAGUGUCACAGAUAGCAAAGUGUCUUUAACUCCUUGUCACCCAGGCAACAAAUGGCAACAAUGGAACCUGCAGCGAAGACGAAGUGAUCUCAACUUUCCAAAAUAGAGCGUGGCGUCAUCUUAACUCAUCAAAGCUAUUUUAUAAGUCAAAAUAAAUUCAAGU